AUGGGAGCUGUUCGCCAGUCAGGCAUGGGAGGCAAACCGAAGAAGCGGAAGGGCACUCGCUCGUCAAAUGCAGGCAGAGCGCAGGCAUUUGCACAGACUUGCGUAAACAGUAUGGAGUCCAAUAAGGACAAGAAACAGAAGAACCGAAGGCGUAUGCGUGUGGUACAACUGCAACGCUUAGUGGAUCGUAAGUUACAGGAGUUGCAUGCAUUCCCCAAGAACCCGACGCCGCCUAAGGCUCCACCUCGUAAGGGACCGAAAUUGAUAUCAGAGUGGAAGCUAACGGGUGCGGCUCGACCGGCGGCACUAGUAGCGAAGAUUGCAGCAGGAGAAUUGGACGAGUGUGGUGAUGAAUUCCCUAAACCAGUGGAGACUUUUGACUUGUAUGAGAAGAUGCGGCAGGAGGGAAAACUGGCAGAGAACAAGGAUACAAGGGAGUACAUUAGUCUGUUGAAACGCCUUGCUGCUGCUUGUUGCGAAGCUGCGAUGCCUGACCGUGGGAUAAAGAACUAUGAGCUUUGUAUGAGCUUGGACACGACGGACUCUUUCCAUUCACGUGAGGGUCUUGCGUGUGCGUUGGUGGACGAAGGUCGUGGUGCUGAGGCGAGGGCCUUGAUUGAACAACACACGGAUGACGAGUCGGCUGUACUGGCGUACUGCCAAGUGAUUAUUGAGUACGUGUCGUGGGAGGUGCUUGAAGAAUCAGGAUCGUCGGAAAAGGUCGUACAAGCAGCUUUCCGCAAGGCGUUUCGUUUGAAUCCAUUCAUGGCUGUGGUGAUUGCUUACCAUGAGACGUUCUUCCAAGUGAUGGAGUACGUAGACGAUAUCAGGGAUCCCAAGCGAGGGUCUGUUGAAGAAGCAUUUGUUUAUGUUUCGCAAAACAUUGGUGUGUGGAUGGACACUGUCGGUGCUUACCAAUGGAUUGAAAAAGAGUUGAACGAACUGUCGGAGCCUGUUGCCACGAAAGAAGACGUGUCGGACGAAAUGUACCUCGGUAUGUAUGAAACGGCUAUUGAAAUGCACAAAGAGAUGCUUGCCGAAGCUGAGGCGGAGGCUAUGACCGCUGCUGCAGCUGCAGCCGAAAGCAGCGAUGCACAAGAAGACGACGGAGACGAGUUUGGAAAUUUCGAGCCUGCCGAUAUCGACGGUGGCGACGACUAA